AUGUCAGACACUUCGGCGCAAACAGUCCCCCCACCAGGAGGUGCUGAAGAAUCAUGGGAUCACGACGCCAAGUACCUUUUGGUCGACGACAACAAAGUCAACAUGAAAGUGAUGAAGCUCCACUUCGAUAAACUCGGUCUCAAAUACAACAUCGCAUGGAACGGCCAAGAAGUCGUCGACCUGUACAAAGCGCACCCCGAACAAUGUAAAUUGAUCUUGCUCGAUAUUUCUAUGCCUGUCAUGGGCGGCAUGGAAGCUUCACUCCUUAUAAGACAGCAUGAGCGCGAGAACAAUCUUCAGCCUGUUAUCAUCAUGGGACUUAUGCCAGACCCUACAGAGAGCGAGACUCGGCGAAUGAUUGAUGAAUUUGGAAUGAACACCACGUUCAAGAAGCCGGUUAGAUUCGAGGGUCUUCGGGAGCUUGUUGAUAAUUGGCCCGUUUGA